GUUAACAUAAUUCUUAAUUCCUGUUGCUUAUAAUCAUAUCUGAAGGUUUCAUUCACAAUCAAUGUCUAAUGAUUAUAAAAUAAUGUAUAUAGAAAUUAAGUUAUUCAGUGAUUGAAUAAAAUAAUUAAAAUAUUGUUAAAAGACAAGUGUAAAUAACAACAAUAAUCUCAAAUUGUCAACGAUUUAUACUAUGGACGCCAUCUUCAUGUUAUAAAUGAUACUCUAAACAACAAAUAAAAAAGAAUUUGAGAUUUAUAGAUUAGAGCAGUAAUUAACUGAUAAAUAGUUAAUUGUACCAAUUAAACGACGUAUGAAUAUAAAAAUAAUAAACAGAAUUUUUUUUAGAUCAUUGAUUGCUCAGUGUGAUCUAUUUACAUACAAAGUUUAUGUAUACGAACGCGGCCAUUUGUAAAAUCCAAUACGAACGAAGAGAGGAGAAAAAGAGAGAGAAAGAAAACUUGACGGAACGGCAGACCGGUCGUACCUGAGUAGCAAGCAAGUUGGGGUGUUUGUGAACGGAUUUUAACGGUGAAUCAUUAAUUCACCGUUUAAAUUGGUGUAACGAGGACCGUGAUAAACAUAAAUUAAUUGUGUGAUUAGUGUUUUUUACAUUAUCAAUCCAAGGAAUUAAAUUUCUCAGUCAGUGAAACGAGAAGAGUCAGGAAAAAGGCGUGGAAUCAGUAUAGGAAAAAUCUUGAAAAGAUUUGGCUCCGUUUGGGAGCUUUUCCAGGGGUGGCAACGACUGUGUUUGGAGGUGUCGACGACGGUGGUGGAGUGUUGGACGUCAGCAGAGAAAGGAAACUGUACAGCAGUGGAUCCGGCUGGCGUCAGCAGGUGGCUAGAGAAGAGAAUUUCUUGGUAGUGGCGUCGAUUGACGCCAAGAAGGAAGCAGCACGUUCGUGCCAAAAAAGACAUUUAGACAUCGUCAAGAGGUGGAGACGGAAAAGAAGACGCCGGCCGUUGCUACUCUAUUUAUUUAAUCAAACUUGUGGCUCGGUACCAUCACGAGACCACUUGAAUUUCUACUCUUCCCAUAUUUGAAAUUAUUUGUCCAAUAUCUGGACUAUUUUCAAUCAAUAAAUAAGAUUGAUAAUUAGUCAACGCUAUCAUGAAUGAAUUAGAGAGUCUUCGCCAAGAGGCAGAAACCCUCAAAAAUGCCAUCCGGGAUGCCAGAAAAGUUGCGUGCGACACGAGUCUCGUACAAGCAACAGCCGGAAUGGAACCUAUUGGCCGAAUACAAAUGCGAACAAGACGUACUCUUCGUGGUCAUUUAGCUAAGAUAUAUGCUAUGCACUGGGGCAGUGACUCUAGAAACUUAGUAUCAGCGUCGCAAGAUGGUAAGCUAAUUGUGUGGGAUAGCUAUACCACGAAUAAAGUUCAUGCAAUUCCUCUUCGUUCAUCAUGGGUAAUGACCUGCGCGUAUGCUCCUUCGGGUAGUUAUGUUGCUUGUGGUGGUCUCGACAAUAUUUGUUCCAUCUACAGCUUGAAAACUCGAGAGGGUAAUGUGCGAGUCAGUCGAGAACUUCCCGGACACACUGGUUAUUUGUCGUGCUGUCGGUUUAUUGACGACAAUCAAAUUGUCACCAGUUCUGGAGAUAUGUCCUGUGCUUUGUGGGACAUUGAAACUGGUCAACAGUGUACUUCAUUUAUUGGUCACACUGGUGAUGUUAUGUCUUUAUCCUUGGCACCAGAUAUGCGAACGUUUGUAUCUGGUGCUUGCGAUGCAAGCGCUAAACUCUGGGAUAUUCGUGAAGGUUCUUGCAAACAAACCUUCCCUGGCCAUGAAAGUGAUAUCAAUGCUGUUACGUUUUUCCCGAAUGGUUAUGCCUUUGCGACGGGAUCAGAUGAUGCAACUUGCAGACUCUUUGAUAUUCGAGCAGACCAGGAACUUGCCAUGUACAGUCACGACAAUAUUAUUUGCGGUAUCACAAGCGUAGCGUUUAGCAAAAGUGGUAGACUGUUAUUGGCUGGUUAUGAUGAUUUUAAUUGCAAUGUUUGGGAUUCAAUGAAAAGCGAACGUGCAGGUAUUUUGGCUGGACACGAUAAUCGUGUUUCUUGUUUGGGAGUGACCGAAGACGGUAUGGCAGUCGCAACAGGUUCCUGGGACUCUUUCUUACGUAUCUGGAACUAAACUGUGAGUGUUAUCGAUAUGUUUAUUUAAACAAUCAGUUGCAGUAAAUCAGCAUUCAGCACAUAAGUAUCAAUUACCACUACCAGACUACAAAACUCGUCUGCAUGCCAAGAGAGAAAAUGAUGAUGAUAGUAAAAUGCGUAAAUAUUAGUCGCGUAUAUAUGAGUUGAGUUUGUCGAUUAAUAUUACUCAUACGAGCAUACUUCGACAUAAGAGACGUAAUAAUACAGAAAAAAGAAAA